AUGGACACUUGUUUUAUUAUUGAUUAAAUAAAAGAAAACUUAUUUGAUGAAAGAGAAAUCCUUGAAAGACUCUCAGAAUUAAAGCAAGUUAACAAAAAUUUAGAAAUUCAAUAUACUAUUAAUGAUAUCGAAAAUGCUAAGUCAACUUUUUAAGUCAUUAGAUAAAAGUUAUCCUCAAAAAUGGAAAUAACUCCUCUCUACCUUGAGCUCUUUAAAGAAAUUGAUAAAUUUUUAAAGUACCAAGAAAAACAAAUAAACUAGCAGUAAACUUUACUAAAAAUGGAAGUUGAAACUUAACUCAUCAAGGACUUUGAGCACAAUUAAAACAAGGAUAUAUUUAUUGAUCAGCUAAACAAUAUUUCUAGACAUCUUAAUAGAUCAAAAAAAUCUAUUUCUAUUCUUGACUUUUAUGGCAAUUUUCUUAUUUACGAUAAAUUAGCAAAAGAUUAAUUUGAGCAUAUAUAUCGUAAUUUAGAAAAAGAUACCUUUUUCGAGAGAAUACUCAAAGAAUCUAAUUCUAAAAUUUAAAAUUUGCAUGGAUAAGAUCUUUGCAAGGAGAUAUCAAAGAAUCAAAAUAAGUCUCUCAUAAUAAAAUAUACAAUUUUUUCUGAAAAAUCAAGAAAGAAGUUUAAUAAAGAGCUUGACAUAAGAAGUAGUAAAUUACUGAAUGUGAAUGAAAUAACCAAUUUAAUAGACCUCAAUAGCUUUGAAGACAUUUACUUUGCAUACUUGUAAUGCCUAACUUCUAAUUUAUUUAUAGUAGAUCUAUCUUUGACAGAACAAGCACUUCUAGACCUUGCUUCAUAGGAACAGUUAGACGUAAAUAAAAAAUUCAUAGAAAAGAUCCAAUCUAAGAAGCAAUAGAAUGUAAAUUUUAAAGCAAUUAUGCUUAUAACUAGACUCUCAAAAAACAGACAAAAUCUUUCUAUCUCAUCAAUUAAAAAAGAAACUAUCUUUUAAAAAUUUUAAGGUAAUUUUAUAUCAACUUAAUUAAACACUUAUGACAUAUGA